AUGAACUCUAAUAAAGCUUUUACAGAGACUCAUUGUGAUAGUCGGAGUCUAAAAUUGAACACCUCAAUUUCAAAACAUGACCCGAAUUGGUAUGUUUUUUAAAUAAGGUUAGUACUAAUAUGCCUGGAUCAAGUAGUAAAGCAUCUUCAAGUAAAAUACAAAAGAAAAGUCAUAGGUAUUUGAACAUUUUUAUAGUAGUGACUUUUAACCAAUGCAACAAACGCUGGGAUAAGGCUCUUUUGGUUGGGUGACUUUAGUUAAGGAGAUUAAGACUGGAAAACUAUUUGCAAUGAAAGCAGUAUUAUUGAAUGUUGAAUGUAAUAGAUGAAAAAGGAAGAACUAUUUAAAUAUUGUACAGUCGAUAAUUUGAAGAGGGAGAUAAAAAUUUAACGUAAAUUGCAUCAUCCUAAUAUUAUUAAAUUGGAUAGUUAUUUCGAAGACAAGGUAUGAUUAUCAUAUAAAUAAAAGACUAAUGUCUAUCUCAUUCUGGAGUAUGCAGAAGAAGGUUCUCUAUUUAAAAAGAUUAAAAAAUAACGUCGACUUUCUGAGGAUGAAGCAUUUCAUUAUCUUUAUUAGACUUGUUUAGGAAUAGAAUACUUACAUAAGAUGAAGAUAAUCCAUAGGGAUAUAAAGGUUUGUGUUAUGUUUAUAUAUAUAGCCAGAGAAUCUUUUGUUGGAUUCAAAGGGGAAUAUAAAGAUAUGUGAUUUUGGAUGGUCCACUGAAAUGGAUAAUCUGAAAAAGGCUUUUUGUGGGACUAUAGAAUACAUGGCACCAGAAAUGAUUAAAUCUCAAAGCACAAAUUAUAAAUUAGAUAUCUGGUGUUUAGGUGUUUUACUUUAUGAGAUGGUAUAAGGUAAGCCUCCUUUUACAGGGAAAAAUGAUUAAGAAAAAUGUGUAGCAAUUCUAUCAGGAUAAUAGUUAAAAUAUGAGGAAUUUGUAAGUGAGGAUUGUAAAUCAUUGAUUGCCAUGAUUCUACAACCAAAUCCAUUUAAUAGACCUUCUAUUUAAGGUAUUCUCAAUCAUAAAUGGAUGUUAUCUAAAUAAAAGUAAUAAUCUAACAAUGAUCAAUUGAAUUCCAGAAGCAUCUCUAUGUUGAUGGAUGAAUUUGGUCAUUAUUCUCCUUUGAAAUCUUGUCCAACUGUUGUUUCAGAAAGGAAAACAAACAAUAAAGAAUGGGAAGAGAUGAAAUAAAGAUCUCAACAUUUUGUGUUCCAUCAACCUUAACCUGAGUAGCCAGAAUAAACUUUCUUGAGAAGAGUUCUAAUUUCUUUAGGUUGUAUUAAUCGUUGA